UUUCGAGGUCACUAACAAUGGCAGCUUCUUUGCACACAAAGAAAAUUAAAGAAGCAAGCCCUAUCAUUUGUAGAACUCUCACUACAACAACAAGAAGGAAAGCUACUAUGUCAUCAAACCUUUCAAUAUCAUACUUCAAACCGAAGAUAAGGAUCAAAGUUCCCAAGUUGAUAGCCAAAAUCAUGCAAAAAAGGUGUCGUCAGUGCAUAGAUGAUCACAGCAAGAACAAGAAGAAAUGGGCUAAACAAGUUGGCUCAGUCUUCUCGGGUGUCAUGCGUAAAAGGAAAUCAGUAGAUGCAUGCUCUUCCAAUGACAGAAAUGAAGAACUUUACAGAAAAACAGCUAUGAACAAGGUGGGAUCAGAGACACUGAAGUCUGAAAAAGAUACCACUGAAGGAAUGCAGAAGCGGAAUGGUAAGGUAAAAAGCUCAAUUCAGCCAAGAGUGGCCAAUAAACUACCCACGAAAAAGUUUUUGUCUUUCACUAGUUUUUUUAAUAGGAAGAAUAGAAAGAAUUUCAUCAAAGGCAAUAUCAACAAGGAAAAUGAUAGCUGUAGCAUCUGUGAUGGGUGUAGUACACCUAAUUUUAGAACAGUUGGUGGUGUUACCACAAGUUUCAGACUGAUUGGAAAGCAGGGAAGUUCAGGCCACUUGAUUAGAGUUAGAUCAAAAAUACUUACCACUCGGAAAAAGUUGAGGGUGGCAAGGUCCUUGAGAAAGAAAAUGAACAAGCAAUUCGAACGAGGUUCAGAAGAAGAAAAUGAUGGCAAAGAUAAAGAAGAGAAGGGAGAGUUGGAACUAUGCAAGAAGAGGAUUCUAAUGGGAGAGAAGUGCAGACCUCUUGGUUUUUCUGGCACCCUUCAGUAUGAUAAAGAUGGCAUUUUGUUACCAGAGGUCCUUGGUGAGGAUUAUAGGGGAAGUUCCUAGUUCUUUGGUUAGGAACUGAAAGUUCAUUUCAUUUAAUCUUUGUUUAUGCCAGGAUUAGCAAAGUUUAGCUGAGUCCAAGUAGGUAAUAUAUUUGAAGAAUGUUCAAUGGUUAUGUUUUCACAAAAAAAAAAAAAUCAUGUCGUAGCUUUCCUA